AUGGAUGUGCUGAGAAGGUAUCUCAGGAGGAAGGCUCCACAGGUGGCCCCGGAGCCAGAGGGGGGCAGCUGCCAGCGUCCCCAGACAGAGAGCUGCCCCUCUAUCCGCAUGGCAUGGGAAGCAGGCCCCGGCCACCCCAGGAGAUGGUCCUGCUCGGCCUUGCUCACCAGGAGGAAACCAGCCCCCAGGGCUGGUGCCGAGCAGAGAGAGACAACAUCCAGGCCGAGAUGGAGGUGGCCCAAGUUCAAUCUGGGCAGGCAGGACUCAGCCCACGGGAGGAGCCAGGCAACGCAGCUCUGGGUUUGCUUCUGCUGGAAGACCUGCCCUCAUCCCAGCUGCGUGGGCCGGCAGGAGGCAUCCCCAGGGCAGGAGCUGGGGGAUCACUGCCUCAGCUGCUUAACUGGUGCUGGAGAGGAGAGCAGCCACUCUCUGGAGGUUCCCUGCAACACGGAGGCUGAGUGGUCCUCCAGUGCAGAGACCCCCACGGACCAGUCAGAGAAGGACUUUGCCCCUGAGGAAAAGACAGAGGAGGAUGAAGACCCUGACACAGAAAGAGAGGAAGAUCUAGAGACAGAGGAGGAGGAGAAUCAGGAAGAGCAAGUCCUGAUUAAGGAGAAAGAGGAAGACCUGGCCAUGGAGAAGGACCAGGCCACAGAGGAGGACAAGGAGGAUCUGGGUCAGGAGGAGGAGAAGGGAGAAGACCUGGCAAUGGAGGAGAAUGAGGCUGUGGCCAUGCAGGGGGAAGAAGAAGAGGCAGAAGAAGAGGUAGAGGAGCUGACUAUAGACUAG